AUGUUUUACAUUGUGUUUUUUUGUGUACUGUUGUUUUAUUUCUAUGGCAUUCGAACAUUUAAUUAUUGGAGAAACAGAGGUAUAAAAAAUGAUAAACCUUUACCUUAUUUUGGAAACAACCUAAAACAAUUCGUUCAAAAAUCAAGUAUGGCAAUGAUGGCUACGGGUUUAUACAAACGAUAUCCAGAAGAGAAAGUAGUUGGUUUUUUUAGAGGUACAUCACCAGAAUUGGUAAUACGAGAUCCUGAUAUCAUCAAAAGAAUAUUGGUAACUGAUUUUCAACAUUUUUAUGCAAGAGGAUUUAAUACGCAUGAAACCGUUAUAGAGCCAUUAUUAAAAAACUUGUUUUUUGCUGACGGUGAUUUGUGGCGACUAAUAAGACAGAGAUUUGGACAAUCUUUUAGUACAGGUAAAAUAAAAAGUAUGUUUGCUUUUAUAACUGAUGGAGCUGAAAAGUUACAAUUAUUAGCCAACGAUAUAUCAGAAUUGGAAUCCUAUGAUAUUAAGGAACUAAUGGCAAGGUAUACAACUGAUUUUAUUGGUGCUUGUGGCUUUGGAAUUAAUAUGGAUACAUUAGGUAACGACAGCUCAGAAUUUAGAAAACUAGGUAAGAGAAUAUUCGAAAGAACUUUUAGAGAUACUUUAGCUGGAGCAAGCAAAUAUAUUUUUCCUGAAUUAUGCAGGUAUGUAAACUUCCUUGCUCCUGAGUUAGAAACUUCAAUCAACACUCUUGUUCAGAAGGUUUUGCAUUAUAGAAAUUAUAAGCCGUGUGGAAGAAACGACUUUAUUGAUAUAAUGCUAGACUUAAAAGAAAGAGGAAAAAUUUCUGUCGAGUCCUUAAAUCUGAAAGAUUCAAAUGGUGAUCCAAAAAUUGUUGAAAUGGAAUUUACUGAUUUAUUAAUCACGGCACAAAGUUUUUUAUUUUUUGGUGCUGGAUUUGAAACUACUUCAACAACUUCCAGUUUCACAUUACACCAACUUGCUUAUAAUCCAGACUGGCAGCUAAAAGUUCAGAAUGAGAUCGAUCGAGUUCUCAUGAAAUAUGAUGGUAAAAUAACUUAUGAAGCGGUCAAUGAGAUGCAGUGUCUAGAAAAAUGCUUUUAUGAAGCUAUGAGACUAUAUCCUGCUGUGGGUUUCUUGAUGAGAAAAUGUACAACGCCCUCUUAUACAUUUCCGGAAAUCGGACUCACUAUAGACAAAGGUGUCAAAGUUAUUAUCCCAAUACAAGCGAUUCACAACGAUGAAAAAUAUUUUUACGAACCGAACAAGUUUCAUCCCGACAGAUUUACAUCGGCUAAGGAUAUGAAAAGUUCUAUAUUUUUACCAUUUGGUGACGGACCUCGGGCGUGUAUUGCUGCAAGACUGGGAAAAUUGUUGGCCAUGGCUGGGAUAGCUGCUAUUCUUCAUAAAUUCCAUGUGGAACCUAGCGCUGAAAGUAAACAGUAUCCAGAACCAGACCCAAUGGGAAUUGUCUCUGAAAGUUUUGUUGGAGGACUUCCUGUCAAAUUAAGAAAAAGAUAA